AUGAGUGAGAGUUUGCCCAAGGAGAGGUUGUCAUCUCAAUACGCCAGGUCCCAUCUGGACCCCUUUGAGCAGUCCUCUUCUGAAUUGGAUGCUGCCACGGAGGCGCUGGAUAAACUGGAUGCUGCCAUGGACCGGAAGAUGGCCGUGGCCCACUCCAUCGCCUGUUCAUUCAGCAAGGAAAUUACCAUGGAAAACUUGGACCUCUCAAUGGUAGGAUUCACAGAGUUCCUGGAGCCCUUUGAGAGAGUAAUCCAACCAGAGGAGCUAUGGCUCUACAAAAACCCCUUGGUGGAGUCAGACCACAUCCCUAAGAGGGUCAUGUUCGCAAUUUCAUUUCUCACUCCUUUGGCUGUGAUAUUCGUGGUGAAGAUCAUUCGGCGGACAGAUAAGACAGAAAUCAAGGAAGCGUGUCUAGCUGUCUCACUGGCUCUAGCCUUGAAUGGAGUCUUCACAAACACUAUCAAGUUGAUCGUUGGCAGACCCAGGCCAGACUACUUCCAGCGUUGUUUCCCAGAUGGACAGGUGAAUGUUAAGAUGCUGUGCACCGGAGAACCAUACCUGGUAUCAGAGGGACGCAAGAGUUUCCCAAGCAGCCACUCUUCUUUUGCUUUCUCUGGCUUGGGCUUCACCUCCUUCUACCUGGCUGGGAAGCUGCAUUGCUUCACGGACCAGGGCCGCGGGUGCAGCUGGCGUCUGUGUGCCAUGUUGCUGCCCCUCUACAGUGCUGUGAUGAUUGCCCUGUCCCGCACCUGCGACUACAAACACCACUGGCAAGAUGCCUUUGUUGGAGGGGUGAUCGGCCUGCUCUUUGCCUACAUCUGCUACCGGCAGCACUACCCCCCGUUCCUGCACAUGGACUGCCAUCUACCUUACGCCAGUCUGGCCAAAGCCCCCCACCACGUCUCUGCCCAUGGCGAUCCCCUGGUCCUGCCCACCGAGAACACCACCAACAUGCCUCUGAAGGGGCUGACAGUGGGGCCUGUAUGACUC